AAGCUCUUGCUUUCGAUAAUUAAUCGAUAACUCUUGUUUAUUAUUCAGUAACGAUGAGAAUAAAACAGCUGUUGGUAAACAAAUAGGUCUUGAAAGUUAAAUAAUCUGAUAAUUAUGGCUGCAUCGCGAUCACGUCGUGCAAAUGCGGGUAAUAAAAUAGCAAAACUUUUGAAUGAAGAGGAGGAAGAUGAAUUCUACAAAACAUCCUAUGGUGGCUUUCAGGAAGAGGAGGAAGAUAAUGAAUAUGUUCAAAAAGAAGAGGAGGAAGACGUUGUGGAUUCCGAUUUUAGUAUUGACGAAAAUGACGAGCCAAUUUCAGAUGCAGACAAUGAGCCGGAGAAAAAAAAGAAACGCGGUGGCGUGAAUACAAAAGCUUAUAAAGAACCUAAACCAGUGGUAAAAAAGGAUGCAGCCGGCAUACCAAAAAGAAAGACGACGAAAAUAGUGAAAAGACCGCGACCUAAGUUUACUGUAAUCGAUUCGGGUCGGAAGUCCAUAAGAGCAUCAACUGCCAUAAAAACACAGGCAACUAAAAUACGUUUAAAGGAAAUGGAUGAUGCGCGUAAGAAGAAGAAACGCGUUAAAAGGGUAGAGGAAUACAUGCCAACUCAGGAGGAACUGUUAGAAGAAGCAAAAAUAACCGAAGAGGAGAAUAUAAAGUCAUUGGAAAAAUUUCAAAAAAUGGAAUUGGAAAAGAAAAAAACACGUCCUACUAAACGCGUGUACACGGGGCCUAUGAUUCGGUAUCAUUCAAUGACUAUGCCAGUGAUGCGUAAAGCAACCAGAGGAGCGUCAGAAACCACAGACGCCUCCUCGAAAUGUGAACGUACGUUCAUAACACUCGAAAAUGACCUCAAUGACAAAGUUUUCCAAUCUGUUUUUAAGCCGAAACGUUUGAAUGCUAAUUCUGGCUACCUAUGCCCGAUAACAAAAUUACCCGCGCGCUACUUUGAUCCGGUAACCCAGCAACCGUAUUACAGCAUGCAGGUCUUCAAGAUUUUACGGGAAGCCUAUUACCUGCAGUUGGAAGAGCGUGGUAACAGCGAUAAUCCCGAUGUGGCUAAGUGGUUGGAAUGGCGGAAAAUCGUUAAAGAGAAUCGCGCUAAAGCUGCCGCAAGCAAAUCGAGCGCGAGUACAUAAUAUUUAUGUAAAAAGCUAUUAAUAAGCAUUAAAAUAAUCACUUUAUUAUUUUUAAAACAUUCUCAGUUUUAUUCAGUUGGCACAUUGAAAUCGUAAUAGUUCUACAUACAUACAUUAAUGUAUAUUUAUCAACACUAAAAUGCAAAAUAGCAUGUUUAUCAAAUACAAUCAGACAAAAUUAUGUAUUUUAUCGAAAUAUUGUUUGUAAUAGUUAAGUUAACAAAUUAAUAUAGUAUUGAAGUAUAAACUCGCAUC